AAGCUUCUUCUAUUCCGUCCACAAUCGUUUGAAUCAUUUGAACUGCAUAAAUAACUAGGACGUUUAUCGACGCGCUUUAUCAACCCCGAAAAAUGGCUAGGUCAGUUUCUCCUAAAGUUAGGGCUCUUGUGGAUCGUAUUAUUAGAGUCGAUCAUGCAGGAGAGUUAGGUGCCAAUAGAAUUUACCAAGGACAGCUUAUGGUACUUGGGAAGUCGAGUAUAGGCCCGAAAAUAAAGAAAAUGCAUGAUCAAGAAGAGGAACAUUUGAAAAAAUUCCAGGAACUUAUUCCUAUACAUAGAGUCAGGCCUACAUUACUUUUACCUUUGUGGAGCAUUGCUGGGUUUGCACUAGGUGUGGGAAGUGCGCUUUUGGGUUCUAAAUCUGCUAUGGCUUGCACCGUUGCUGUCGAAUCAGUGAUAUCUGAGCACUACAACAAUCAAAUUCGUGAGCUUGUCGAGAGUGACCCUGAAACCUAUCAAGAGUUGCUGCAGACAUUAGCCAAGUUUCGAGAUGAAGAAAUGGAGCAUCACGAUACAGGCCUUGAACAUGAUGCUGAACAGGUAAGUUAUUAUGAAUGUAUAAUUUGUAGAUAAAAUUAAAUAUGGUCUACUUUAGUAUACAUUAUGUAUAGUGCAUAGAGUAUAUAUUUCUAACUUGAUUGCUAAACAGGUGGUGGAGCUGUUUAAUGUCUUAAUUAUGUCUGCCGUUUACUUGUUCUGUAGUAUUAACAUCUUACUAUACAUGUGGUUUUUGAUGACUUAUGAACCUAAAGCUUUGACUACGUAGUUUUAAUUUCGAAAUCUUCAAAUUAAGAUUCAUCAUGGUAAAAUUUAGUUUAAUCUCCUUUCAUAGAAAAUUCUAUAUUACUAUGAAUCAUUCUCUUUCACUCAUAUCUAUACACCACAGGCCGGUAUCAAUAGUUUCUGUGUCGGAUGUGUCAUUUAUCUGUUAAUUCAACAGUAAAAUAACGAUGGGCUUAGAUAGUAUUCUGAAAAGACGGUCUAUAUUAGACCCAUACGAAUUUCCAUACAGCAAUAUUUAGUUCCUUAUUUUUUCUAUUGAAAAUUAUCGUUUUCAUUUAGCCAAAAAUAUUUUUUGGUAUUAUCAACAACCAUGGGUAUAACUCAGUUGAUAUUUAUUGUUUUUAUUAAACAGUAUAAUUUGAUUAUGGCAUCAGUUAUACUGUGUAAUUGGAAAUAUAUUUAACAUGAUUAAACAAAUAGAACUCAUUGGAUGACUCAGCUAACGCUUAUCUUUUAUUUUCUGUAAAUGCUUACAAAUAUGUUUCGAAUAAAUCAAAAAUAUGGAGUAAGAUGCUCCCUUCUAUCACUGGAUUCACAUUACUUUCACUAUCAUAUUUUUAUUUAUAAGCUUGAAGUAAAGCAAGAAUAAGAAAUCGAAUGGAAUUAUGUAAAUUUGUUGAAAACUAAUGCUUAUCAAUUCAUGCUCAGUGUAAAUAUUUUGUUGUCCUUCAAUUCUCAUUCAGCUGUCAUGCAGUCAAUAAUUUUACAGUUACUUGCGACUAGUUAUUAAAUUAAUGGUAUUAAAUCUAAGGAAGAUUAUCCGCUUUUUAUUAGGUUAAAUAUCUUAUUUUGUACCUUUCAAUGAAGUAACUAUUUUUCUUCAUAUUACACAGCAAACAUAAUCGUCUAUUGACAUUAUGUAUUGAUUUAUAUCCAACCUAAUUAUGUUAGUACAUUAUUGGGUGGUUACAGAAACAAUGAAUCCCUAAUUAUAUGGUUUAGACUUAUCGAAGCAAGUUACAAAAUUUACAGUUUGCAUAUCCACGUAAAGUUGUAGAUAAAUUCAAUCUAGAGUGAGAAAUAUCCGUCUAAAACUCUUACGUAUAUGAUUGUAGGACAUAAGGACUAUGUCACAGUAUUACUACAGUAAGACCAUUUGGAUGUCAUUACAUAACAAAUACAGAUCUACAGAAUGGAUAAAAUGGGUUAAAUGAUAUGACUAAUGAUCAAAUUAUUUUUAGUUAACGUGGAUUGUCUUCAUAGAAACGUUCUAGUGUUAUAUUAGAACUAGUCUGAUAAUCAUCCAACAAAAUGUUUGACAGACAUGUUUCUUAAUUGCUGAGUUUAGUCUUGUUUAUACUGUCUUCAGACACUGAAUUAUUUUUUUUAAACGACAGCUCAUAAAAAUACUUAGCACAGGUAUCUCUUUAAUUUAAUUAUUUUUUAGAAUUUAAACUGUAUUCUUGUCAUGUUGUCUAACAAUCUUUUGUUUUACUCCAGGCUCCUUUCUACGAUAUCAUGUCUCAAAUAAUAAAAGUGGGUUGUCGAGCAAGUAUUUUUUUGGCUGAACGUAUAUGAUGAAAAACUAGUUUCAGCGAUAGUUACUUUGUACAUUUAUUAAUGAUUACUCUCUAAAUUACGUGUUCUCACUUUAUCACACGUAGUGUAAAUUUUUUUCACAGAUUUUAAUUCUUAUUACUUUGGUUUAUUUAGAUACAUUGCGAAUGUUCUCCAUCAUGAAUUAUUGUACGUUGGUUUUUAUCAUUAAAGACCUCAUAAAUAAUUCAUUUUUAUGCUACGUGAAUUAUGUUAAUCAAAUCAAAUUUUUGAAAUAAAUAAUUCAGCUGUAAUUAAAUACUUCAUCUAGUUUUCAACCGAAAACUGUUAGCUCUCAUAUAAAUGUUCUGGAUAUUGUUAGUUGAAGUUAGACUGAUUAUCAUGAUUCUAAUGAGAACCUUACAUAUCUUGUUUAGUGACAGUGACCUAUCCAGUGUUAUAUUUCCGGUACAGUGGGGAAUUUCAGCAUGAGAUACUUCGACAUUUUUCUUUCGUUUGUUUAAACUACGGAAUGUAUACAUUUGCAUAUAAUCAAUAAAAAUGACUAUUAAAAGGCU